AUGCUGCCUGGUACGCGAGAAGAAGGGGGUGUACUAUUUAUUCCUAAGUUCUCCAUUGUCUUGUCGGGGGUAAAUUAAUUCAUAAAGAGAUUCUUGCUGGGUUACAUGUGUCCAAGUUCUGUAAUGUGCCAAAGUGCUACUGUGCAUAGUACAGUGGGGAAAAAAAGUAUUUAGUCAGCCACCAAUUGUGCAAGUUCUCCCACUUAAAAAGAUGAGAGGCCUGUAGUUUUCAUCAAAGGUACACGUCAACUAUGACAGACAAAUUGAGAAAUAUUUUUCCAGAAAAUCACAUUGUAGGAUUUUUAAUGAAUUGAUUUGCAAAUUAUGGUGGAAAAUAAGUAUUUGGUCACCUACAAACAAGCAAGAUUUCUGGCUCUCACAGACCUGUAACUUCUUCUUUAAGAGGCUCCUCUGUCCUCCACUCGUUACCUGUAUUAAUGGCACCUGUUUGAACUUGUUAUCAGCAUAAAAGACACCUGUCCACAACCUCAAACAGUCACACUCCAAACUCCACUAUGGCCAAGACCAAAGAGCUGUCAAAGGACACCAGAAACAAAAUUGUAGACCUGCACCAGGCUGGGAAGACUGAAUCUGCAAUAGGUAAGCAGCUUGGUUUGAAGAAAUCAACUGUGGGAGCAAUUAUUAUGAAAUGGAAGACAUACAAGACCACUGAUAAUCUCCCUCGAUCUGGGGCUCCACGCAAGAUCUCACCCCGUGGGGUCAAAAUGAUCACAAGAACGGUGAGCAAAAAUCCCAGAACCACACGGGGGGACCUAGUGAAUGACCUGCAGAGAGCUGGGACCAAAGUAACAAAGCCUACCAUCAGUAACACACUACGCCGCCAGGGACUCAAAUCCUGCAGUGCCAGACGUGUCCCCCUGCUUAAGCCAGUACAUGUCCAGGCCCGUCUGAAGUUUGCUAGAGUGCAUUUGGAUGAUCCAGAAGAGGAUUGGGAGAAUGUCAUAUGGUCAGAUGAAACCAAAAUAGAACUUUUUGGUAAAAACUCAACUCGUCGUGUUUGGAGGACAAAGAAUGCUGAGUUGCAUCCAAAGAACACCAUACCUACUGUGAAGCAUGGGGGUGGAAACAUGCUUUGGGGCUGUUUUUCUGCAAAGGGACCAGGACGACUGAUCCGUGUAAAGGAAAGAAUGAAUGGGGCCAUGUAUCGUGAGAUUUUGAGUGAAAACCUCCUUCCAUCAGCAAGGGCAUUGAAGAUGAAACGUGGCUGGGUCUUUCAGCAUGACAAUGAUCCCAAACACACCGCCCGGGCAACGAAGGAGUGGCUUCGUAAGAAGCAUUUCAAGGUCCUGGAGUGGCCUAGCCAGUCUCCAGAUCUCAACCCAAUAGAAAAUCUUUGGAGGGAGUUGAAAGUCCGUGUUGCCCAGCGACAGCCCCAAAACAUCACUGCUCUAGAGGAGAUCUGCAUGGAGGAAUGGGCCAAAAUACCAGCAACAGUGUGUGAAAACCUUGUGAAGACUUAUAGAAAACAUUUGACCUGUGUCAUUGCCAACAAAGGGUAUAUAACAAAGUAUUGAGAAACUUUUGUUAUUGACCAAAUACUUAUUUUCCACCAUAAAUUGCAAAUAAAUUCAUUAAAAAUCCUACAAUGUGAUUUUCUGGAGAGAAAAAAAGCUCUUUGUCUGUCAUAGUUGACGUGUACCUAUGAUGAAAAUUACAGGCCUCUCAUCUUUUUAAGUGGGAGAACUUGCACAAUUGGUGGCUGACUAAAUACUUUUUUCCCCCACUGUAUGUGUCCUGUCUGUAUCAAGCUGUGUCUUUGCCCAAGAUGUGUAUGCAUCUAGUCUGCCUCUGUUCUGUCCCAAGCUGAUGGAGUGACGGUUCCCUCUAUCUCCUCCCUCAGUUCCAUUGCAUCAACAGCACAGCUGCCGGAGUUGCAGCCGCAGCUGGCUUUACAGAAAUCUGUCUCCAAUCUCCAGAAGACCACACCGGUAGCCAGUCAGGAGGUGGGUUUGGCCACUUACUUAUUAUCUUCUACAUCUUGCGGUUUCACAUUGUAUUGUCAUUUAUUUUUAUUGGAAUUGUGUUUUUCAUGUUUAAUACAAAUUCCUUUGUUUCCACAGAGCACAAACACAGGUGGACCAAAGCAAUGGGCCCAUCUAAAUGGAAAGGCCGUAGAACUAGAUGGUGAGUUGGAAUGGGAAACCCAACUGCUUAAAAUCACUAAGUGUCUAUGGUCAACAUUGAUGGAUUUGCUAUCAGACGUCUGACAUGCCCAAUUUACUGCAUGUCUCUACCACACCGCAUAUAAUGAUUCUCCAGCAGCCUCUGUUUCUUGUGUUUUUUUUUUUACUGCUCUGACUGACAGCUGUGCGUCUUGUUUCCAUGGCGAUGGCAGGUUUAAGGGCCUCAAACCGACUGCAGCCCUUCUCUCACGAGGAAUUUCCAACGCUGAAGGCUGCUGGGGAACAGGACAAGGCUGGCAAGGAAAGAAGCGCCUUCGAUCUGUCGUAUGGGCCCGGACCAAGCCUCCGCCCCCAGAGUGAGUCCAGUGAACAAUGGCUGUGGUGGCACAAACAUUGACUGAAAUUCAAAAGCGGCCCACAUGAUUUGAUGUUAUGAAUAGUGUAGCAGCCUCGCAGCAUAGUUGCUAAUAAUUUGACAGGUGCCAUGGGAAAAUAUUGUGCACAUACUUUAAAACAACUGAAUACACUGCAAUUUCACCUCUUAACUCUUAAGCCACGGGCUUGUUUUCUCAAAUCCGUUUUCCUCCUGUCUCUCCAGAUGUGACGAGUUGGAGGGAGGGUGGUGGGAGGAACCUUGUGCCCUCAUCCCUGCCGGCCGGCCUGCCCUCCGAGACCGAGGGCAAGGCCAGCAGCGUGGCUGAGACUGGGAGCUCCCCCCCUCCUCUUCCCCCCUCUGCCGCCUCCUCUAUCCUCUCUGCCCCCAUGGUCAGUCCCACCACUGCCACCAUUGUCAGCGCCCCUCCAGCCCCGGAGCCCAAGGAGAUCUCCCUGCGCCCCGCCCAGCCCCUCCGCAGGCCCGUCCCCCCUGCCCUGAACCAUCACCAGCUCCACCACCCUACCACCAGCACCACCUACCACGACAUGCUACCUGCCUUUGUAUGUAGCACAGUACUACUCUCCAUUUAUUUUCACUUUAUGACACCUUAAUGCAAGAUUCUGUUCUGACUGUAUGCUUUUUGGCCAUUGGUUUUCAGAUGUGCCCCAAAGAGACUUGUAAUGCUCCCGGCACUGCUGAACACACUGGCCCUGUCACUGUGGUCGCCCCAGUCCGCUUUGACAACAGGCCCACCUUCAGGCAGCCCUACCCCAACAACAACCAAGAGCCUGUCAAGUAAGUAGUCACCUGCAUAUGCCCACUGUCUGGAAGUGUGAGAGAUGCUUAGUUAAUGCUGGGAAUUAUUUAUUUUACUUAGCAAAAAAGAUAAUUGUGGACCUCUCACCUCCCCAUGUUCCUAUUCUCCUUGUAGCGGCGAGGUGGGGAGAGGAGAAAAACCGCUUCAUCCGCGGGCCCCCGCGCAACCCCUCCUCCCGACCCAUCCGUCGACCCGGCGACAGACCCCCUCGUCCGGCCAUCAUCAACCCAGAGGACUUGAAGGAUCUGGAUGAGCUGGACAACGACUGUGAAGACGGCUGGGCAGGUGGGGGGGCUUUCUGUAAUCGUCAUCAUACAAAGACUGAAUCAAAUUACACCAAAGGCAAAAUUUCUGUACAUGUGCCCCAAUGGAACUAGAUUGACCUUGAUUAAAAUGUUGCUCCCUUGCUGUUCCAGGUAUCCAUGAAGAAGUCGAUUACGGCGAGAAACUCAAGUUCAGUGAUGAUGAGGAGGAGCACGCCGCUGGUGAAAAGAACAAGAUGUGGUGAGAUUAACCCCACCCCCUUUGUUAGUGACUAAAUAGAAUAUUGUCAGUGCAAUUUCUGUAGUUUUAAGCGCAGUGACUGAUUGUGAGCAUUUCUGUGUCCAUCUCUGACCCAGGGCUGAAUGGGAGAACCAACGUCGCGAGCGCCAGUUGUCCCUGAGCUCAGGAGAGGGGCCAUACCCCCAGGAUGGCCCUGAGGAGGAGGCCUACCAGGAGCAGAUGGCCCACAGGAACACCAAUGGCAGGUUCCCCUCUGGAGAAGCACAGGUAAGAUCAUGCCGGGGUCCACUAUGCCUCAGACUGCUACCUUGCCUGGUCCCCCUAGCCUAUUCAAUGCCAAGUUUUGAGUAGAGUAGAGAGAGAGCGAGAGAGAGAGAGAGAUGGUAGAGGUCACAGUAAGAUGAACUAAAGUUCAGGCCUUUAAGCAUACAGCAUAUAUACUGUACACCUGUAGCUCAGAGAAGACUAGUCAUGAGUCCAUUGAGCACAGAACCCAAAUCAUGGAGAGUCCUUCCCCUGGUCCCAUGAUAACACCCUGUGCCGUCUCCAGGCCCAGCAGAAGAGCUCCGGGUCGGGCAUGGCCCAACAGGGCGAGCCCCUGGAAGACCAGGAGGAGCGCCAGACCCAGGGCCCAGCCCGGGCCAAGUUUGUGUCACCUGAGCUCUCGGAGGCUGUGGAGAGAGCUCGCCGGCGCAGGGAGGAGGAGGAGAGACGUGCCCGCGAGGAAAGACUGGCCGCAUGCGCCGAGAAGCUCAAGAGGCUAGACGAGAAGUUUGGGAAGACUGAGAGGCAGUUGUCGAGGUCUGAGGAGGAAGCAAAGGACGAGGAGAACAAGGAGGCAGCGCUGUCCCCUGGAAGAGAGAGCAAAAACCACCCAGAGAGCUGGCAGUACGGCAUGAAAGGUAACACCAAACCGCUAUUACUGUUUUGUUUAAUAAACAUUUAUCCAGGUUGGUCAGUUGAGAAAAUACUAAUUUGCAAUUGCAACAAUGACCUUCUCAGUCAUAUAGUGUUCAUUUAUUGUUGAAAUUGAGGAUUUUACUGAAUGCCUUUUAUUGAACGACAUGUAGGAAACAGAGGUAGCUAUGUAAAAGUAGGAUUAUAUCCCUCUCCCUCUCCUGUCCUGUCUCAGACGCUGAGUGUCCCUUGGAGCACUCCCCUGGACAGCAGGACUACAGGGACGAGGCCACCUCGGGCUUCGCCUCCUACCGCAGCGAGGACGAUGCCGGGGCCGAACCAAACUCUCCCCUACCCGACUACGCCCACCACCAGGCCCCCAAGCCCCUCCCGCCCCGCUUCCAAAAGCAGCACCAGCAGCAGGUGAGCCACCCGGCUGACGCCAUCCGACGCCUUCCAAACAGCCCCUUCCCUAAUCCCCCUCCCUAAUUCCUGGCGGGAUUAGUGCCCAGCGGCACUAGAAAGGCCCAUCAGAGUUCACAUGAGCAGGUGUUUUCCAUAGCGAUCGUCGCCACCUCCCUGGCUGGAAAGGGGAGGGUAUUAUGAAGGGUGUGCUUGUUGUGUCGUUUUCUAUUUAGUUCAGUGGUGGAUACGUAGCAAUAGGAUACGCAACAAAACAGGAAUAAAAGACUCACUGCUUAUAGUGCACUUCCAAAAGCGUCUUUAAAUGCAACUAGUGACUUUUGUUUUUUUAUUUGAGGUGAAUAAUUGUACCAGUGUGUAUACUCAAUGGGUUUCUGCUCUGUGUCCCUCCCACUCUCAGGAGCAAGUGUAUAAGAUGCAGCACUGGCAACAGCAGUCUGGCCACCCUGCCCCCUCCGGCUCCAGCCACCCCCAGAGGGGCUACUACCCCCCACACGUGCUGGGCUUCGACCCCCGCUGGAUGAUGAUGCCCCCCUUCAUGGACCCCCGCAUGGCCCAGGGCCGCGCCCCUGUGGACUACUACCCUAACACUGUCCACUCUUCAGGUUAGGCCUGAGAAAAUAGUAUUGUUGUACUAAAGCAGGGUUUCCCAACUCUCUCCUUAGCCCCCCCCCCCCCCCCCCCAGAUGUUUCACAUGUUUGUUUUAACCCUUAACUGUUUGCCUGAUUCAAUUAGUCAACUAAUCGUUAAACUUUUGACUAAUUGCAUCAGGUGUGCCAGUUUAGGGUUAAAACAAAAAUGUGAAACGUUUCGGGAGGCCUCAGGAGAGGGUUGGGAAACCCUGUACUAAAGGGAAUGGUAAGGGGAUCCCUUUAAAAGGAACAAAGUUGAUUUUAUUUCCUAUCUUUUUAGUGUGACAUCAUUGUCAAACUUUAUAGACUGAUAUAGAUUCCUAAACAAUCCUGUAUCCGUAUCAUCUCUUACUGUAAAAUACACUCUGUUUUUGUGUGUAGGAAUUAUGAAACCGCUGAUGCAGCCAGACCACCUGAACAGCCCAGGGUCCGCCUCUGACGAGGGCUGCCAUCCCAGCAUGCAUCAGGAAAGGAGGGCCCCCUCCACCGAGCCCUACCCUGUGUGGAACCAAGAUGGCUACCCCCCUCGCAGUUUCACCCCACCCUACCAGAGACUGCACGAGAGCUCAAACAGGAGCCAGCCAGAUGACCGGAUUGACAGGACCUGCUCCCAGCAGGACUCGUACGAAGAGAGGGGAAACGAGUGCCUAGACAACCCCUCUGACGACCUCUCCCAUCCGGCCUACCACCAGAGCAGAGGCCCUGACAGGGACCACCACUCGCACAACCAAGGCCUGCUCUCCACAGCCCCGAGCCGGCCCCAGCAGCAGCACGCAGACAGCGACUACCCCAAACAGGAGCCCAGAGACGGGCACCUGAAGGACAGCACUGACCCCCACGACGAUAUCUUUGACACCUCCAAGGAAAAGGGCUUUGACUCAGACUUCUGGAGGCGAGAUGGAGGCCAGAAGAAGGAAGGUGGUGUUGGUGUUCAGAACCAGUGGGCUGAUCCUGUCUCCACCUCCUCCGCCAGCAUUGUAAGCCAGCCGUCUGAGACCGGCGGUAGGACCCUGACCCGCAGGACCGGCCCCAUUAAAAAGCCUGUGCUCAAGGCCCUCAAAGUGGAAGACAAGGAGAACGAGAAGCCCAAAGUGGAGCCUGAGGAGAAGGUAGUCCCUUACCGCCUGGAGAAGGAGGUGCUCACCAACGUAUAUGACCUGAAGAAAGACAACCAGCCCCUAGUAAGUAACAGACGCUCGGCCUCGCCUGCUAUCGAGAAGCAGCCAGAAGAGAAGCAACACCAACCACAAGCACCUGCUAAAGUAGAGCGGCCAUCCAGUCCCCAUAGUGAGGAUUUGCCCAAGGAGAGCAGCUGGGACAGCGGGAAGAGCCAGUCCUCUAGAGAUGACCAGGAGAGCAGGGAGCCUGCCGCACCACGACGCAACAACUGGAUCUUCAUCGAUGAGGAGCAGGCCUUUGCCGGAGCCAGGGGAACGGGUAGAGGUCGAAGCCGUGGAGGCUUCAGGGAGUUCAGCUCCAGAGGAGACCGCGGUGGCCGGGGAGGCCGGGGCGGAGAGAACCCCAGAGGAGGCUACAACAAUAACAAUAGCAGGGACGCCGUUGGAGCUCAGAGACCAGGCAGAGGACUGCCCAGGGACUUUAAGGUGGAGGACCUGCAGCGGGGGAAGCCGAGGAGGCGCAACGUCAGCGAGACUCUGAGCGAGACCUCAGAGUACGAGGAGCUGCCCAAGCGGCGGCGCCAGAAGGGCUCUGAAAACGGAGAGGGUGGCAGCUACCCAGAGCAGGGAGAGAUCAGGAUUGCCGACAGAGACUCGUGGAGGUCGAACAAGGUGUACACGGAAGACCAGGCGGCUAGCGACACCCGAGACAAAGCCAAGGCCAGCAGCAGGGGGUUCGGAGGCGGCGGCCGCUCGCUGCCUCCCAGACUCGACGCUGGCAGGGGCUACAACACCGGCCGGGGGUUCAACAACAGCUCCAGAGACACCUCCACCUGGAGGGGCCGGGGGACCCAGUUCGGCAGCGGCGGGGGGCCCAUGCAGGAGAACGGCUAUGGCCCGGGCACCGAGACCUUCUCCAGGAGACCACCACCACCUGCGGAGCGCGAGCCUCUCAAAUACACCCCCAAGUUUACCGGCUCUACCGGUUCCUUCAUGGAGAAUGGCACAGAGGACCGGUGCGUGGAGGGUGAGUACUACAUAGACAACGACAACCCUGGACAACAGCCGUUGAGAAGACGGCGGCCGCCACGUCAGGACAAACCCCCGCGCUUCCGCCGAUUACGUCAAGAGAGGGAGCCCGGCAGUGGCCAGUGGACCAGCGACGAGUACAUCAAUGGAUCGGACGGAUUCGCCAACCCCUGGCCGGGCCGCUCAAAGGAGGGAGGUAGAGAGGACGGCUGGCCCAGUGGCCACUACUCCGGAGGGGGAGGUAGGUCCGGUGGUCAGCACGGCCAGGCUGAGGACUGGGAGACUGGCUCGGAGAACAGCGACUUCAACGACUGGAGGGAGAAGCGAGGUGGAGGGCAGCAGCAGCAAGCCCAUGGGGGAGAUGUGCACUCAGACUCUGGCCACGGGGAGCUUGGCUCUGUGGAGAAGAGGGAGCUGGCCAAGAGGAGCUUCUCCAGCCAGCGCCCCCUGGUGGACCGGCAGAACAGGAAGGGAGAGCCGGCCCUACUGGAAGGGAACAAGAUGACACGUUCCUCAGAGAACCCCAACGCACCGCCCUCCUGCAACAGGAACGACGGCUGGCAGAACGGAGGGGCCUCCAACCAUAGGAGGUGAGUACUGUGCUAACUUUGGCCUACGCUAACUUGGUGUGAGAACAUUCAACAAAACUGUGGAUAUUGUUUUUUUCUUGACUUGUUUCAAAACAUCCUCUGUAGCUUUUAAAAACAACACUUAGCAACACUUUUGCAUAGUAAUACCCUUUAAUGGUAACACCUGACUCAUGGAAUGUCUCUCCCUUCUUCCUGCAGGAACAAAGAGGAGUCAGGCCUAGUCUACUGUGUCGAGCAGUCUGAGGAGGGACACCAGCCCAACGAACCCUCAGGGAAGAAGCUGGACAAGGAGCUGAAGACUCGGUCUGUGAAGGGAGACCUGGCCGAACCAUUGUCUCUGUACGACCUCAACAGCUACCACAGUGAGUAUGCCAGGCACCAACCUCAUAGUAAAGCAUGGCUCAAAUGUAACCAGGGUUCUCAAACUGGUGGCCCGUGGACCAGAUGAGGCCCACAGACUGAUUUAAUGUGGUCCACUGUUGUCUUUGUAAAUUGCAUUUUCAUAUUGGCUAUCACAGUGUGUUGUAAUGGCGUAAAUGUUUGUCUUCCAGUUGAGGGGGAUGCUGGGGGUUCCAGUCCAGACGGGUUCCAGGACCUGUCCAAGAAACAGCAGCGUCGUCUUCCACAGGAAGACGACAGGAGGAGGAAGGAACAUGGAGCUCCGGUAAGUUACAGAACAUUAAAAUAAGCCUGAAACACAAAUAAUGGGCACAAGGGCUUUGGGUGUCUAGAGAAUAGACCCUGUAUUGAGUAAAAUCUAAAUAAUUUCAAAUGGAUUAACCUCUACGGGAUCGGUGUCCCGUAUAUGGGAUGGUUGAGCUAACGUGCGCUAAUGUGAUUAGCAUGACUGUUGUAAGUAACAGCUAACUUUCCAGGACAUAGACAGUUCUUAUAUGGCAGAAAGUUUAAAUUAUUGUUAAUCUAACUGCACUGUCCAAUUUACAGUAGCUAUUACAGUGAAAAAAUACCAUGCUAUUGUUUGAGGAGAGUGCCCAACAACAAAAAACGUAUUUCGGCAACUGAUACGGCAACCUCUGAAGGUAAAUAAUGUACUUACAUUCAGUAAUCUUGCUCUGAUUUGUCAUCCUAAGGGUCCCAGAGAUAAAAUGUAGCAUAGUUUUGUUUGAUAAAAAUCAAUUUUUAUAUUCAAAUGUAGGAACUGGGUUCUACAGUUUGAACCCCUGCUGUCUCUGGCUCCACACCCGCCCAGCCAUCUAGAUGUGUGAAAGUUAGUGUAUAAGCAAUAAUCCAUCAUUUAUGACAAUCCUGGGAGUGUGUAAACUUACAUUUUGUAUUACCAUAUCAUUUUUGUAUGUGCUCUAUAGUUGUGUACUUGAAAAUGUAUCAAUUGACCAAUUCGGCACAUUUGGGCAGACUUGAUACAAGAUAGUCCAUUAUUGCAACGCUUCACUGGAUCAAUCUGAAACUUUGCACACACACUGCUGUCAUCUAGUGGCCAGAAUGUAAAUUGCGCCUAAACUGCAAUAUUAUAUUGUGGCCUUUCUCUUGCAUUUCAAAAAAGAUAAAAAAAAUAAAAACACUUUUUUGUUUGUUUGUAUAUCUAUUACCAGAUCUAAUGUGUUAUAUUCUCUUACAUUUAAUUUCACAUUUCCACAAACUUCAGGUCCUGAGCUACAGGUAGUUAGAUUUGGGUAUGUCAUUUUAGGCGAACAUUUUAAAAGGGGUCCGAUCCUUAAGAGGUUAAUGCAAGCAGCAAUACUUUUACUAAAUGUUUUUCCAGAAAUAUCUAAAUCUUAUAUGUUAAGUAUAGUUGUACAUAACUUGAGCUGCUGUGUUGUACUUCAUCUAUGAAAAAUUGUCUUCCUCUGCCUCACACUCCAGGUGCCAUUGAAGAACAGACCGAUCACCUCCAAGAUGCCCCCACGGUUUGCCAAGAAGCAGGGAGGCAUGACCAUGGAUCAGGCAGAGGAGGGCCUCUCUGCCAACAACCUGGGCACUGAGAUUUGGGAGACCAACAGCUCAGGUAGGAGCAACACCCCAGCGCUCAUAAUUCAUCUUCCACCCAAUCUGAUAACUGAGAGUAACUCACUCUGUUGCCCAUACUCUGCUCUUCUUUCCAGAUGAACAUUAUUUUGUUGUCAACUGUAUUAAAGAUAAUCUUAGACUCCAGUGGUUCUUACAUUGUUCUUUUCAAACCCUCAGCUCUGUCAGUCCAGUCAUCUGGAGGAGACUCGUGGACCAAGCAGGUGUCCUAUACAGGCAGCGAGCCUAACUCUGAGGACUCUGAUGCUGGGCCUGAGCAGAGCAAGGAGCAGCACAAGCCCGGCCCCAUCGGCAACGAGCGCUCGCUCAAGCACCGCAAAGGCUCGGAGGGUCUGGAGGGCGGGCCCAUUACGCCCGUCAACGGCGUGAAUCUCCACGUGGACACAGUGCUGCCCGUGCCGCCCAUAGAGUUUGGCGUCAGCGCCAAGGACUCUGACUUCAGCCUACCGGCCAGGUCCACCCCAGUGCCUGUGUCCAACCCCGUCACCAAGCUGCAGGACAUCAACGUGAGUACAAAUACACUGAGUACUACACGAUUUCCAUUGUCACCUCAUGAUUAUAAGGUGGGGUGUUAAAAGGAAUCCUUGAAAUUGCUUCACCUAGAAGUGGAUUGAUUUAAAUAAAUAUAAAUGAGAUGUAAAAUGGACAAAAGAUGUCAUUGACUAGUUGUGUUAAUAACCUGUGUGUCUGUCUGUAGCCGGCCCUGACCCAGGCCAUCCCCAUGCUGUGUAGAGACCACCUGCAGCCUGGCAUCAACCUCAACCCCAUCUCUUUCCCCAGCGCUGACCUCACACUCAAGGUACACUAUCCCCACCCCACUACCUCUCACUCUCCACCAAUCAGACACCUCUAAACAUUAGUCUUGUUAAAGAGAUUUAAUUCUCAAUAACCUACCUGGCUAAAUAAAGGUAAGGUUAGUAAACACCAAAACGUUUUUUUGUGUACUUUCACUAAACAUUUCCUUCCCUUCAUCCCCUCUUCCUCAGAUGGAGUCGGCCCGUAAGGCGUGGGAGAACUCCCAGUCUCUCCCUGAGCAGGGCUCUCCUGUUGGGGGUGCUGUUGGGGCCCAGCCCCCCUGCAGCGUGGGCUCCUCCAGUGGGGUCAGCUACAGCUCCUUCGGAGGGGUGUCCAUGCCCCCCAUGCCUGUGGCCUCCGUGGCGCCUUCCAUGUCCAUGCAGGGUAAGGGGACACUCAGACACAUUAACAUUGACAUUAUUGGUAUAUUUGGCCAAGGACUAUGCAUUGUAUGAGUGUACAUUGUAUGAAAUGUACAUCUGUGUGUUUUAAAUAACAGAAUUGUAUUUCCUUCUGUAGGUAACCAUAUCCCCCCGCUGUAUCUGGACGGCCAUGUCUUUCCCAGCCAGCCUCGUCUGGUGCCCCCAACCAUGACCCAGCAACAGAGCUACCAACAGGUAUUACACUCACAAGUAUAGGGUCUUACAGGAUUGUAUUCCAUAAUUUCUCUUCUUAAAAAACCCACAUUUAUUUGGGUUUUUCUUUUUGGCAAUAAUCAACAAAACUACACCAUGUGCAGCGGAACACUAACUGUAAUAUUAUAAUUCAAACCUUCCUGUGUGUGCACGCAGGCGGCUGCCCAGCAGAUCCCCAUCUCCCUGCACACCUCUCUGCAGGCCCAGGCCCAGCUUGGUCUCCGGGGGGGCCUGCCUGUCUCACAGUCCCAGGAGAUGUUCAACUCCAUCCCCCCCUUCAGGUCCCAGGUGUACAUGCACCCCAAUCUGUCCCAGCCCAGCCCCAUGGUGCUGUCAGGUGGUGGCCCCCUCAAGGGGCCCUACUCGGCCUUCCCAGGCAUGCAGCCGUCGGAUAUGGUCAAGCCCCAGUCGGGCUCCCACUACCAGCCAAUGAAUGGUAGCCAGGCCAUGGUCUACGAUGGCCAGAUGAACCAGGGCCCUGGCAUGGGCUCCUCCCAGCUCAUGGACUCCCAGCUCAUCCAGGUAAGAGGAGCCACUCUCAGUGGCACACUUGUGUUAGUUUGAAGGAAAACUGUUAAUUUGGCUUUUAAUGGAAACUUACUCUCGUAAUUCAAUGUUUCAAAGUCCAAUGCAUUGAUCAUCUCUCGCUCUCUCCAGGUGACCAUGCCCUUGCCGGGCUCCCAGCUGCGUUAUGGCUCUGCCCAGCAGCACCUCAUCCUGCCCCAGUCCAUCCAGCUCCAGCAGGGCCAGAACCUCUCUGUGGGAGCCGCCCGCAGGAUGCUCCCCCCUGGCUCCCAGCCCCCCGUCAUGACCGGCAGCAGAGAGGUGAGCGCCACAGACCCACCAAGUGUCCCUUCCAACAAUGUUACAGCCCAACUACCUUAAUGAUUGGUCAAUGUUAGCUUUAGGUUGGAUUUGGAAACAUUUCAUGCAUAAACAAAAACUAAAUCUCAUUGAAUGAAGUGAAACCCAUCCCUUUGAAAUAGAAGGGAUAGUUCACCUAAAUUACAAAGUUACUUGAAUGUUUUCGCAGAAUUUCCCAAUGUCUACUGGCCCGUAUACUACUUACAAGGUAAGGAUAAAUGUGUGAGUGAAUUUGUCAUUUGGGUGAACUAUCACUUUAAUGCCACAACAUUUCAUAGAUUGCAUUGAGAUGUCCUUACAUGUAUAUUUAAUGUUUGUUUGUUUGUUGUCCUCUAGACCUCCCAGAUGGAAAUGAAAGGCUUUCAGUUCCCUGACAAGCCCAAUCACUCCCAGGGCAUGCCCGGAGGAUACAACAGGUGAGCUGGAACAGCUAAAUGUCACCCUGAAACUGUUAGACCGCAACAUGUCUACUCUUAGUUUUUAUCCUUAUAAACACGUGUUCAUGUUAUUGUAACAUGGCAAAGGAUUCUACAUGGUUCGCUGCCAGUAACAUUUAGUUAAUUUAAGAAACAUUUAGUGAUCAUAUAAUGGUAUUAAAUAGAUGUUAUUGAAAGCUAAUGGUAAAUCUAUCUCUGUCCCUCUCUCCCCUCAGACCAGGGUCUGCCAGCCCCAGUGGGAAGCCGUCUGGCCCCGUGCCUGGACAUUACACCCAGCAGGUAUGACCCAACACAGUCAUACACACAUUAGGUACAUACACACACCUUGGUAGUACUAGUUAUUGCUCACACUCUACAAUCAACAACCAAGGUCAACCAACAAUCAAGGUCCUCCAGAGCACUUCACACACACUUUCAUAUGAACAAACACAAUUUUUCAGGCUCUGCACACUGCUCUUACACUAGCAGGCACGACACACACACAAACGGUCAUGACUCACACAAUCCCAGCUGCCUAUACACACACACUCAUAUAGCCUCCCCCUCCCAUUUCAUUGGAAACAGAAGACGACCUCCAUGCAGGCUGUUCAGCAGCGAGGCUGGGCCUGCAGUGGCCCUGGCCUGACCUGUAGUUGCUGCUACAGAGACCCAGCCACCGGCUGGUUUGAGGCCCCGCUGUGCCCCCUCCACGGCAAGGUUAUAGAAACCUCACACUCAAUCAUUCUGCUUGUUCAAAUCACUGUGAUGUUGUUGCACCAUUUUAAAUGACUGAUCAGUUUUGUCAUGCAGCUACCUUGAACUGCUCUCACACAAUGGCAAAAUGGCCACUCAAGACCUUAGUGUACUUUUGAGUCACGAGCAUAAAGCAAUUUAUUUGCGGCCUUGCACACGUCUCCGCUACCCCCCCAAGGUUUGCCUAAAGAAAGAUAACCAUGCAGAUAUACUGAGCCAUGUUGCCAUACUAACAGUGUGUAUUUCCCUCCCUUCCUCCUCCCCCUCCAGGUCCCCCCUCCUCAGGGCAGCAUGGUUAUGCACAUGCGUCCCCCCACCACCGGCCCUUUCCCCACCCCCAUCCAGAGACCUGUCAUGCAGGUCAACAAGACCGUCAUCAUCCGCUCCCCCCCUUACCCCAACUCCGGGCGCGAGCCCCCACACUCCACACCCCCCUUGGCCCCCGAGCCCCCCGUCAAGGGGCCGGAGGAUGGCAUGAAGGUGAGCCACCCACUGUAAAUACAGGUAAUUAGAUUUUAUUCUAUUUUGUUUUUUGUUUUUCUUCAAUCUAAUGUGCAAAUUAGACCAUUUUAAAAACAUGAAUGUUUUAACUCUAUUUCCCUCGAUAUGGCCUAAAAAUCAUAUCAAAAAAUAUAUAUAUACUUUAUGGGCGAUUCACGGUAUAUAUCGAUUUUUUUCUCUCUAAAUAAGCUAAAGGUCAAUACACUUCAUUUCAAACAGUCGGCAAUAAUUACAUUUACAUCAUUUAGCAGACGCUCUUAUCCAGAGCAACUUACAUAUUGGUGCAUUCAACUUAUGAUAGCCAGUGGGACAACCACCUUUUUUUUUUAGCACUGUGGUCUUGUAGUAGAUGCGAGCCUCAACUGGAAGCCAGUGGAGUGUGCGGAGGAGCGGGGUGACAUGAGACAACUUGAGAAGGUUGAACACCAGAUGGGCUGCAGCGUUCUGGAUAAGUUGUAGGGGUUUAAUGGCACAGGCAGGGAGCCCAGCCAACAGCGAGUUGCAGUAAUCCAGACGGGCGAUGACAAGUGCCUGGAUUAGGACCUGUGCCGCUUUCUGUGUAAGGCAGGGUCGUACUCUGCGACUGUUGUAGAGCAUGAACGUGCAGGAUCGGGUCACCGCUUUGAUGUUAGCGGAGAACGAAAGGGUGUUGUCCAGGGUCAAGCCAAGGUUCUUUGCACUCUGAGAGGAGGACACAAUGGAGUUGUCAACCGUGAUGGCGAGAUCAUGGAGUGGGCAGUCCUUCCCCGGGAGGAAGAGCAGCUCCGUCUUGCCGAGGUUCAGCUUGAGGUGGUGAUCCGACAUCCACACUGAUAUGUCUGCCAGACAUGCAGAGAUGCGAUUCACCACCUGGUUAUCAGAAGGCAAAGGAGAAAAUUAAUUGUGUGUCGUCUGCGUAGCAAUGCUAGGAGAGACCAUGUGAGGAUAUGAACUCCCGAGUGGCGCAGUGGUCUAAGGCACUGCAUCGCAGUGCUAGCUGUGCCACUAGAGAUCCUGGUUAGAAUCCAGGCUCUGUCGUAGCCGGCCGUGACCGGGAGACCCAUGGGGCGGUGCACAAUUGGCCCAGCGUCGUCCAGUUAGUGGAGGGAAUGGCCGGCAGGGAUGUAGCUCAGUUGGUAGAGCAUGGCGUUUGCAACGCCAGGGUUGUGGGUUCGAUUCCCACGGGGGGCUAGUAUGAAAUAAAUAAAAAUAAUAAUAAUAAUGUAUGCACUCACUAACUGUAAGUCGCUCUGGAUAAGAGCGUCUGCUAAAUGACUAAAAUGUAAAUGUAAAUAUGACAGAGCCAAGUGACUUGGUGUAUAGGAGAGGGCCUAGAAUAAGAGAGGGCCUAGAACUGAGCCCUGGGGGACACCAGUGGUGAGAGCACGUGAUGCGGAGACAGAUUCUCGCCACGCCACCUGGUAGGAGCGACCUGUCAGGUAGCACGCAAUCUAAGGAAUUCAGGGCUUGUAAAAUUAUACAUAGGCUAAAUAUAAACCUUCCACAACCAUGUAAAUAAUUACAUUAUUUUAUCAAAAGUUUAACCUGCCCUUUUGCAAUGAUCUGGCUGUCAUGUCAGUCUAUGAAAAUGCCCUUUUUUGUUAGAAAUUUUACCAGAACCAUACACAGUGCACAUCCACUAAUAAUGACCAAUUUCUUGUAGCAGGUGAAUGCAUUAUAGAAAAUCAACACAGGUCUCAUAAACAAUCUCUCAAGCCCACUUAUUAGUGAGAAGCCAGCUAAUAUUUAUAUUUCAAGUCUAGCCAACUUGGAUCUAUUUGUUAGCUAAUAAGGUAGAACAGUUGAACUGUUAUGAACACACACUUCUGUCCACAUGUUUGAACAGCAUGCUAGCCUGUCCGCAUUGUUUAGAUGUUGAAAUCAAGUGGCCUACCUGGAUAAGAUGCUUAUUUCUCAGAAUGAGAACGAGUUGACAAUUCCUUAUAUAAAUGCCACUUUAUGCACAUUGCAAAUGUAUAAAACGCAGACUAGACAGCUAGCGCAACACUCUGUGGCUAAAAUGCUGCUAGCGGUACCGCAAUGCCAUACGCGACAAACUGAGCAUUAAUGUUAAUUGAUACUCCCAUUUUAGUAGGGUCUGCUCUGUGCUCAAUUUUGAGAAUUGAGAGACAAAAAUUGUACGUUUUCCUCUAUUACAGUAAAAUAAUGUCUGGAAGUGUUUCGGUGUCCAUAUGACCGAUUCUGUUGGACCAAACCUCAAAUGCAAAUAGUGAGUUGAAACUGCUUGUCAGAGAGGGACAAUGAUCUUUCAUCCUUGUUGUUGUGAGUGGCAGGGGGUGGGACUUGGUGUGUGUGGGAACUGGGAAGGUGCAUAGCACAGAAGGAGCAAAGGAGACUAGACCAAAAAGGCAUGAGAACAAGCUGACAAACUGUCAUCAAAACGAAAUAAUAAAAAACGUGACACUUGCGGUACAGGCAUUUGGAAUUUCAAGCUAAAACAUUAAUUUGAUAUGUUGCCCAGCCCUACUUGUAACAUUAGUGUUGUUUUGUUGCCCAUUUGAAAACGAUAUGAAACGUUAACCUUCCGUUUCUUGUGUGUGUGUUUGAGUAAAGCCCUGAGGGAUAGGCGUCAGCUGGUGGGUGAGGGGAGAAGGCACUGUCGGGGGGCCUGAUGACCAGCAACCUCCAGGAGCCCCUUCAUGGCUGGCAGGGCAAACCAGCACCAUGCACCGGAGCCAUCAAACCCCAGGCCAUCAAAGUGGAAGAGGGCAAGGCAUAGCAACGGACCUUAAACCUCCUUUUAACCUUCACGAAGCCUGCUUCUGAAAGACACAACCCCCUGCCUCCUCCCUCGGCCCACCUCUCAGCCUUCUAUCACGAACUCCCAGAACCGGACACCAACUUUCAGAACCGGACACUAUUAUUAUUAUUAUUAUUAUUA